AGUCAUGACGUACCAUUCCGUUCGCACUUGCCUCCUCUCCUUCAAUUAUCAUUCACGUGCACAAACAACUUUCAAGUCGUACGCCUUGUCCACCGCCCCAAAUGCUUCCAGUGGUCGCGGCGACGAGAGUUGCUGGUGACCACGUUUGUCAAUCUCGUGCCAUUACCUAACCUCCUGAUUUCCGUCCGCAACUAGCUCGAUCCUCGCUCAACAUGGAGCCAUCACCAAGAGCCUUGGUGAGGCUCCUGUUUCCGCGCCUGCCAAUGAUCCUGAAGACUGCACUAUUGAAUGCACUCCGUCUGUCCAAAAACUCUUCUAAGCAAACAUUGACUAUUGAAGUUGCUGUCGUCACUCUGCGGUCGAUCAUGGGUAUCCGCAGACCAAUGAAGUUUCUACAAAGAACCACUACAAGAGACAGGGGAAUCAAAGGUCCGAUAUGGAUUUCCAAGGUCUCCGUCCCACCACCACCAAGCGCGGAGAGGGACACGAUAGAUGCCAUCGAGAGGGUGAUCAAAGAGCUGGGAAAUGGCACCGAAACAUAUACCACCCCCGAGAUAGGCACUGUCGAAGCUGAGUGGACGGGUUACAGAAAAGGAGUUCCUCCAUCAGAGCCGAGGCUGGCCACUUCCGAACAUGACCAGUACACUCGGCUCAUGGGAGAGGUCUCGUCAGAUGUGACCAUCCUGUAUUUCCAUGGCGGCGCCUACUUCCUGAUGGAUCCCUCCACCGUACGUGAUAAUACGGGCCGUCUGGCAAAACAGACUGGCGGUCGUGUCUACUCCGUUCGAUAUCGCCUUGCACCCCAAAAUGCCUUCCCAGCGCAGUUGAUGGAUGCCUUGAUCGCUUAUAUGUCUUUACUGUCGCCUCCACCAGGCCUCGUACAUGCUCCAGUUCCAGCCAAACAAAUCGUUUUUGCUGGAGAUUCUGCUGGAGCAAAUCUUGCAACUGCCUUGCUAUUACUGAUACUCACACUGAGGAGGGUAGGAAUUAACACUAUCAGGUACCAUGGCCGUGACGUAUCUCUCGACAUCCCUGCAGGACUGGCACUCAAUUCGCCAUGGGUAGAUAUCUGUCGCUCUCUGCCCUCCAUCGUCAACAACGCCCAUCUCGACUACCUCGAUCCACCUAGUGAUAACGGAGCUUCACAGCAUGAACCGCUCCCUGAUGAAUUAUGGCCGUCCUCACCACCUCGUGCAGAUGUUUUCUGUAAUGCCUCCAUCCUGAUGCACCCUCUGGUCUCUCCUGUGGCGGCAACCCCUGGAAUGUGGGAGGGGGCCCCACCAGUCUUCAUCUGUCUCGGCAACGAAGCUCUCGAGGACGAAAUUGUUGUUCUCGCACGCCGAUUACAUGAGGGUGGGGCAGUGGUGGAUUUGGUGGGCUACGAAGGCAUGCCUCACUGCUUUGCCAUGAUAUUCGCAACCUCAAUUCGUGGCGUUGACUGCUACCAGAGGUGGGCCAAUUUCUGCGCGGACGUGGUUCGCGGCAACAGUCCAAGGUCCAGUCGAGCGAUGUGGAUCGAGGCAUUUUCGAACCAUACUCAAGGGAAGGAGACACCUAUGGAAGAUCUCUGCAAACUCAACGACGAGGAUGUCGUCGCUGCAAUGGAAACUAUGCAAAAGAAGGCCAUGACGAGGGAAGCAGAGGCAUUGAGCAAUUGGCGUCGACAGACAUCCAGGCCCAAACUAUGAACGGCAUCUCGAAUGACGAGAUAGAGAUCAUCACUGAACGCUCAUGAUCAUAAUUUCGCUUUACUGCCGCGAUCCCGACGUGGUCGAGAGCCCGUGUCAACCUCGGAGAACCAAGGAUAAAUGGGAGGACCAUCCUCCUCGAGGGUUGCGGUGAAGUUAGGCUCGCGCUUUUCCAAGAAGCUCUUGACCCCUUCCUUGCAAUCCCUGUCGAAAGUCAGUUCAGGGACUUGGAUUGGGGAGCAUAGGAACAUACUUAUUGGCGAACAUGUGAUACAAGACGGCGCUGUCGAGUAGAUGGGUCUCCUCGACGGUCGGCUUCCCUCUCCACAUGAGCUCGCGGUUCAUGAAGCCCGCGAGUACACUGGUCUUUUCGGCAAUGUUUGUGGCAAGCUCUAAUGCUCGCUUCAGAACACCCGGCUGAUCAGCUAUGACUUCUUGGAACAGACUGCCGAAAUGCUUAGAGUCCCCUCGAUAGACGUCUCCGGUGGUCAAGAGAUAGAGGGCAUUAGAGUGCCCAAUUAAGCGCGGCAAGAAGAAAGACGAAUUGGACUCCAUGGUGAUGCCUCUACGAGCGAAGACAAAACCAUACUUGGAAGAAGCAUGAGCAAUUCGAAUGGCAGCUGAGAGACCGAGAGUCAUCCCCAGCCCGACCGCGGACCCAUUGAGAGCGACGAUGGUGGGUUUUCUGCAGCGAUAUAUGGCGAGGUUGAGUCUACCGCCACUGGAGGAAGGUCAGAAGGAGACAAAGAUGAUGGGGAGCACAACGCCUACCUAUCACGGUGAUCGACUAUCCUUUCUCUAUCGCCAUCACUGGGAAAGCCGAUAUCGAGGUCUGCACCCGCACAGAAGAACUUGCCGGCGCCAGUAAUGACAAUUACCUUGACUCUUUCAUCAAGAUCGAACAUGGGAUAAAUGAGUUCGAAGUCGGUCAUCAUUUGAUUGGUAAAGGCGUUGCCCUGCUUGGGCCUGUUCAGGGUAACGACAAUGACCGGAGUGGGUUCGGACGUGCCCUCUGGAUAAUGCGACACCUUGACAUGCUUAACAGGAAGUGUCUCGUAAGACUUGGGAAUUUGGACUUUUACUGGAUCAGCAAGCAUGGCGACACAAUGUCAUCUACUAGAUGAAGAGAGGAAGACAACGUAUUCGGAGGCAUUCAUGGGCUCAUUGUUUAUAAUGUCCGGCCUUCAAGUCGAGGACUUUGUAUGGACUACCCCAUCCCGGUCGUGUGCCGAAUGAGAUUGAAGGGACAGUCGAAGGUCAGCUAGGUCGGAUCUCACCUCCUGCCUCGGAGCUUUGAAUGAUUUGUCAACAUUUGGCUCUGAGAAGUAAACAUGUGCCACGAAUACGCGGUGUUGGUCCAGCCGGUUGGAAACAAGCACCGGGAGAAUAGAUGCGAGGCGAGGGUGGGUUAAGGCAAGACAUCAUAGAAACAGAGUGAUUCAUUUAGAUAAUAGGUAAUGAGAAGGAUGUUGAAGCUUUGGUUGUCGGUUAUAUGGAGAGUAUUAUGCAUUGAUGGAUGCGGGGCCGGAGUCGGCAAGACAUAAAUCCGAAGUUGGCCAUGUGAUUCUACAAC